AUGGAGAUGUUUGGAGAUGAUUCUCGAAGAGCUGAUCACAAGGGCUCGAGCAAUCUCACUGGACAGAGGCUGGGAUUGUUUCGGGUGCUCGAGACUGCAGCUUCAGCAAGCGCCUCGAGCAAGAGCCCAGCUGACGUCCAGCGGCUGCUGAUACGAGACCUGAGCUCCCCCAACUCCUCGAUCGAGUCGGCUGAGCUGGACCUCAUUGCUGGGGAUUCCAAGGUCGUCCUUGCCCGCAAGAGCGAUGUGACCGUCAGAAGGAAGUUCUGGGCUGCCAUGACGGCAGCGCUGAAGCACAGGCUCCUCCUCCUCCACCCCAACGCGAACCUCACGCUCACUCCCUCCCUGUCGGAGCUAUCCUCCAACGACCUCGUCUUUGUCACCUCUGCCUUCGAUCAGAAUUGCCACGAGGCCUGCGCUGAGAACGGAGAGGAGUGGCAGUGCUCCUCGCCCUGGUUCGACCUCCUCAACCGCUGUGACCUGCUCCAGGUCGCCUUCCCUCACGCGGCCACCUGCUUGUCUCACUUCUACGGCCGCGACCUCCCGGCGCUCAGCUCGGACGUGGGCGGCUACGCUCGUGGGGACUACGUCCUCGUGAACUCGAAGCCGCAAGAGUAUGACAUCUCCUGCGACGCACAGGGCGAGCACAGCGCGAGGCUGUGCGCAUGCAAGCGCAGCGGAACAGGAGGGAGGGACCUUCAGUCUCGGGUGUCGCGGAUCGUGAUCAAGCAGCUGCAGCAGUUCGACAAGAGGCUAGCGGGAGGCCAGCAGGCUGCGGGGCAGGCGAACGAGUGGUGGGCAGAGAGGUCGGCGCAGUCUCUGAUCGAGGACAUCGAGAAGAAGAGGACGACGUUCCUGGAAGCGAACCAGGGCGUUAGCUGCUUCACCGCCUGCCAGGAGCAGAACCUGGCGUGCCAGCGAAUCUGGUUCGACGUGCUCAACAACUGUGAAGCCCUGGCCGUCGCCUUCCCCUCCCACAAGAUCUGCAGCACAGACUUCUACGGGCGGGACCUGCCGGCCUACCGGCCCGAGGACCUGACCGUCCUCGUGAACAAGAAGCCGCGAACGUACUCGAGCUCCUGCGGGGGCAAGCACGAGAAGACAAAGAGGCUGUGCGGAUGCGGCUUCAGUAAGGGAGGGUCCACCACCUCCCGCACCUUCCACACGGUCUACAACGUGCAGGCGUCCAAGUACUUCGAGUGGCAAGUCAGGUACAUGCACUUCUGGUUCAAGCAGGCCAACAUGCCCGGCAAGAUCACCCGCCUGCUCUCUGCCAACCAGCCAGACUUCCUUGCUGGAGAGAUCCCAACGCACACGUCUCCCCCCUACAAGAGCGACGACCCCAAUGACCACUACACGCCCUACAACAAGCCCUGGGCCAUCCACCGCUGGCUUCAGGACGCGGAGCCCACGGAGGAUGUAAUCCUCAUCGUCGACCCGGACUGCAUGUUCCUCAGCAGGAUGGAGUUCAUGGUGGAGGAGGGGGCGCCGGUCGCCCAGCAGGCCUUCUAUCACUUCGACUUCAGCACCGACGAUGUCCCCAUGCAGAUCGCUCGGCGGUACUGCAGGAACUGCUCCUUCCUCGAUCCCAUCGCCGUCCCCAUCAUCAUCCACCGCCAUGACAUCGCCAGGAUCGCCCCCUUGUGGCUCAAGAAGACCCGCGAGAUCCGCAUCGACAAGCCCAACUGGCCGAUCAGCUGGUACAACACCAGCAUGAGCCCCGUCGGCCUGACCUGGACUGCCGAGAUGUUCGGCUACGUGUUUGCUGCUGCCGAGCUGGGGAUCCGGCACGAGAUCUGGGACCUGCAGAACGUCCCUCGAGUGCACAAGGAGAUUUUCACCUCCAUCAUCCACUACCACGUUGAGGUUCCCAUCCCUGACGGCACGAGAAACUCUCGGGACACAAAACACGAAUGGAAGACUGUGAACAAGUACGUUCCUGAAGUUCGUCGACGCUAA